UUAAAAUGUAUUUGCAGUGAAGGGGAUGACAGAUCCUUUUCCAAACAGUGUUAAAUUUCUUUUCCUGCUGCCAUGGAAGGAGGUGGAAGACACAACCCCUGGACGCUGCGCUACAAGCUUCAAAGUCCUGGUUGUUUCCCCACGAUUCCGGGGGAAACCACUGCUCCAGCGGCACCGGCUGGUCAAUGAAGUCUUAGCGGAGGAGCUGAAACACAUCCAUGCCUUUGAGCAGCGAACUCUGACGCCGGAACAGUGGGCGAAAGAGCAAGAAGGCAAGUGAGAACUGAACUCUCCUUGAACAGGAAGUCCGGAAUAGCUCCUCAAGAGGAGGGAGAGACAGCAGUGGGAUGAAUGUAUGAUGCAGAUGUGGGACCCGUCCAGAGCACUAGCCUACCCUCCUGGGGGUGGGGGUGCUAGGAGGACUUGAAAGACAGCAUGCGGCAGCAAAUAAAAAUGGUUUCCUGGGUAUA